AUGUCGUACCCGACUCUGCCCACCAACUUCGCGCCUCCGACGCCUCAGAGACCGCUUCCCGGGGCCUACAUGCAGACACCUGCUGUCGCUCGUCAUGGAUCUUUUCAAUCGCCUCAACAGCGAUCACAGCAACAGCCGCAACAGCCACAGCCACAGGGCAUCGCGUCCCAAUCUCCGCCCAUGCCCAGAAUGCCCCCAGCGUCAUCGCAAACCCAAAUUCAGACCUUGAGCACCGAGGAGCGUGGCGCGCGCACCAUCAAUGAGACCCUUUUGAAGGAAUCGCGGUAUCCCGACCUUGACAGCUAUCUGUCUCAGGGCUUCUCUUCGGAAUAUGACGUUUCCGUCUCCCAAUCAUGGGCUCCCUUCCAAAAAGUCAAAAUGUACAAUAUCCCCGACCAGAUCUUCGAUCAGUACAAUCGCGCCCAAGUUUCGACGAGCAUGGGUCUCUUCGCCGAGUUGAACCACGCGUGGGUGGCCAUCGAUAAUGCGCUGUACCUGUGGGAUUUCACGCACCCGAGUCCGCAAUUAGUUGGCUUCGAGGAUCAGCCAAACAGCAUCAAUGCGGUCAAGUUGUUGAAGCCGCGCGCGGGAGUGUUCUUGCCCGCCAUCACUCACUUGCUUGUGGUGGCUACGACCGCGGAGGUGAUUCUGCUCGGCAUGGGUGUGGAAUCGACAUCCAAUGGAUCUAAGCAGGUCACUCUUUACCAGACUGGAAUGUCGGUGUCUAUUCGCGGUCUCGAUAUUAAUGUGUUUGCUUCGUCCGACGCUACCGGCCGCAUUUUCUUUGGUGGAUUGUCCGACAACGAUGUUUAUGAACUGACAUACCAACAAGAGGAAGGAUGGUUCCAGAAUCGAUGCCGCAAGAUCAACCACACCAGCUCCCGACUGUCCGCCUUUGCGCCGUCUCUGAGCUUUUCUAACCUUGCCGCCUUGUCUCAGAAGGCUUCUGAAUAUGUGGAGCAGAUGGUGAUUGAUGAUAGCCGGAGACUUCUCUACACUCUAUCAUCCACUUCGACCAUCCGAGUUUUCCACAUGAAGGAAGACGGUGCCAUCUCUCUUGCAAUAACCAAGGCAGCAUUGGAUAUCUACUCCAAUAUUGGACAUAUCAUCGCAUCUAACGAAACUUUGAACCCCAAAGUGAAGAUUGUCUCUAUCAGUCCCGUCCCCGCCGCAGAGGCCUCACGAUAUCACCUGGUGGCUACCACCGCCACGGGUUAUCGGAUCUACCUCAGUGCCACCAACGCUUAUAGCUGGGCUCCCGCGUCCAACGGCAACAAUGCACCCACGAGCAUGCAGGCCCAGCAUGUCAAGACACCUCCCGUCGAUAACAAUGCAGCAUUUGCCGCUGUUUCAGCCCCAACCGAGUACGGCGUGUCUCGACUCAACGCGGCCGUCACCAAAUUCCCAAUCCAGUCUCUUUCUCCUACGCGGAUGGCGACACGGUUCCCACCGGGAUUUUUCUUCUGCUUUACCUGCAAGGACACCGCCCAGAGAAUGGAUACAUUGUUCAUCUCAUCGCCUGAUCCUGGUCGUCUCAACUACCAGCCGGAAAGUGUGAACAUUGCCAAGACUGCCGAGUCGGCCGUUUGGCUGAAUUUGGGUGGACGAGCGGAGGAUAUUGGUUUGUGUUCCAGUGGACCCCUUGGAAUCUCGGGAGGUGGAUACGGCAACGAGCUGGCCGUUCAGUUUGACCAGGGAGCGGCGGAAAUCGCAAUUCUAACCAACAGUGGCAUUCAUGUCAUUCGUCGGAGACGUCUGGUCGAUGUCUUUGCUGCGCUGGCGCGCAGCCGUGGUACUGCCGAGGGUGAGGUUGGCCUCGAGCAGGAAGUGGUCAACUUUAUCAAAGCAUAUGGCCGUAAUGAGACUGUGGCGACUGCCCUCGCUGUGGCAUGUGGUCAGGGUGUAGAGGUUUCCCCCGAUCAGCGACUCACGCCGAUCAAUGACCCCGACGUUCUGGAAUUCGCUCGCAGAGUCUUUAUCGAGCAAGGUGGCCGGCCAGUGCCUGACGAGAAUACCGUACAAGACAACAUAACCCCAGCCAUCGAUACGAUCCACCUUUCUCCCCGUCAUGAUGGCAUUGCCUUGUACAUUUCCCGCUUGCUGCGGUCGAUCUGGAAGAUGAGCAUUACCAAGGUGGGCAAGGGGCCGAACGGCGCGGCUUCCGUGUCUGCUUCGGUGAGCGCCGCCAAGCUGCGCACCAUUCAACAUGACCUAUCUUCUCUUCAAGAAUUCUUCAAGGUCAACAAGAGCUUUAUCGAGGGCUUGACUGGACCGGAGGAGCUGGCCCGGGUUUCGAACAAGCAGCAAGAGACGGCACUGCAAGCCGAGCACCGCGCUCUGCAUUCUCUUGUUCAACUCGUAUCGCACACAAUCGAAGGUAUCUCAUUCGUGCUGGUGCUCUUCGAUGAGCGAGUAGACGAGAUUGUGGCUACCCUGCCCGCAGAAUCGAAGGAGCGAUUCUUGAAGUUGACUUUUGAGGAACUCUUCAGCACAAGCAAGGGUCACGACAUUGCCAAGGAGUUGGUCAAGGGAAUUGUCAACCGCAAUAUCGCCAAAGGAUCCAACGUUGAGACCGUGGCGGAUGCUCUGCGUCGCCGAUGUGGCAGCUUCUGCAGUGCCGAGGAUGUGGUCAUCUUCAAGGCGCAAGAGCAGCUCAAGCGUGCCACAGAAGCCGGUGCUAACUCAGAGUUGGGUCGUAACUUGUUGAAUGAGAGUCUGCUUCUUUUCCAGCAGGUGGCUGAGAAUCUUCCCAUGGAUUACUUGGUUUCCGCUGUGGAUAACUAUAUCUCCAAUCAAUUCUUUGCAGGCGCCAUCUCACUCGCUCUCCACGUCGCUCAACGCUCCGACAAGGCGAACAUGGCCCUUUCAUGGAUCAUGGACAACCGCCCAGAACAGGAUCCUCGCAAGCAAUACUUCGUCUACCGCAAGCAAUGCUACGAUCUUGUAUCAAAAGUCAUCGUCGCUGUGGACACCCAGGCUGCUUCUGACCCCCAUGUCAUUGAUGGUCAAUUGACUGUGAUUGCCAAGCGACAGAACGAGGCGUACGGUGUCAUUACCGACUCGUCCGAUGAGGUAUUCUUGACUAGCCUGUACGAUUGGUACUUGGAGCAAGGCUGGAGCGAGCGACUCCUUCAGACCCAAUCGGCAUUUGUCGUCAGCUAUCUGCAGCGCAAGUCUAAUGACGAUAUCGCUCAUGCCGAUCUCUUGUGGCAAUACUAUGCCCAAUCCCAGCGGUUCUUCGAGGCUGCCGAGGUCCAAUUCCAAUUGGCUCAAAGCUCGUUUGCGCUACCGCUCAGCCGGCGCAUCGAGUACCUGGGCCGUGCUCGUGCUAACUGCUCCACAUUAACCCGCGAUGUCGGCCGUCAGGAACGCCAGCGCCUGCUACAGGAAAUUUCCAACCUCAUCGACGUGGCCAACAUUCAGGAUGACCUUCUGCAGCGUUUGAAGGAUGACGAGCGCAUCGCUCCUGAACGCAAAUCCGAGGUUCUUCGCGAGGUGGAUGGCCCAGUUUUGGAUAUCAGCACCCUCUACAACCACUACGCGGACCCGGCGAGCUACAAUGACAUCUGCCUGCAGAUAUUCUUCGUCGGCGAUUACCGGAAUGCGGCUGACAUCAAGUCCACCUGGCAGAAGCUGAUCCAGGAAGUGCACCAGCGGACAUUGGAUCGCGGCACACCGCAGCCCUUCGAGGCCGUGGUCGAAAAGGUGCGCAGCCUUGGCAGCCGACUACGGAUGUCGGAAACGGUCUUCCCCGUCCGUGAGCUCCUCCCCAUGCUCGAACGGUAUUCGCUAGAGUUCCAACGCCACGUCGGCGCGACCUACUGGGUUGUUGAUCUGUUCCUGGAUCUGGGAGUAGCCCAUGACGCACUCUUCACCGUUUUGGAGGCGAUGUUCUAUACCGACGAGGCGCCUUUCCACGGGUCUAACCGGAAAUACAUUGCCAAGGAUCUGCUCUAUCUUCUAGAGGGAUGGUUCCGGGAGAGUGCCCGGCUGGGUGGCAUGGUGUUUGGCGGAGACACUCAAGCUGAGCGGGUUUCGGAGAUUUUGUUGAUGAUGAUGCAGGCCGGGACCGCGACGACGCCGGAGAUUACGGAGCGUUGCCAGGAAUUGCGGCAACGGAUUGAGGAUUUGCUACGUUGA